AUGAGCGUACUUGUUAAACGUUUACGAAGUCCUACAAUAGAAGUAUAUGUUAAAGGUGCCCCUGAAAUCAUGCGUGAUAUUUGCAGAGCAGAAUCGCUGGAACAGGACCUCGAAUUUUUGGGAAUUAUCAUAUUUGAAAAUAAAUUGAAACCUGAAACCCCUCCUGUUAUUGAAACUCUUAAGAGAGCUAAAAUUCGACAAAUAAUGUGUACAGGAGAUAAUGUAUUAACCGCAAUUAGUGUUUCUCGUGAAUGUGGAUUGAUUAGCAAAAAUACAAAAGCUUAUAUUCCACAAUUUGUUAAAGGAUCUUCUGUGAAUCCAAGGUCAUCCAUUGUUUGGGAAAGUUUAGAUAAUUCAAAUGAUUUAUUGGAUUCGCAGUCACUAAAGCCAAUUCGAUCAUCAGAAAAUUAUUCCGAAUUCUCGUUAGUCGAUCCUUUUGAAUAUGAUCUUGCCGUAACGGGUGAUGUUUUUCGGUGGAUAGUUGAUUAUGGGGACGAAAUGACAUUGUAUCGGAUGUUAAUUAAGGGACAAAUUUUUGCGCGUAUGUCGCCUGAUGAGAAACAUGAAUUGGUGGAAAAACUUCAAGAAAUUGGAUACUGUGUUGGAUUUUGUGGUGAUGGAGCAAAUGAUUGCGGUGCACUUAAAGCUGCUGAUGUAGGGUUGUCACUUUCUGACGCAGAAGCAUCUGUAGCAGCUCCUUUUACGAGUCGAAAUAUGGAUAUUGGAUGUGUAAUCGAAGUAAUCAAGUAA